AGUGAGGGUUCGAUGUCGCUUCUCUCUAUAUAUAGGACUCUAGUCGCGAGGCAGAGCGAUACUUGUUUCUGCCAUCAUUUCAUUUCAUGCAAAAACACGUAAAAUAAGCUUAAUUUUAUUGAUUUUUAAGGUGAUUGUGCUAAACCUUUAGUAUAAUUAUCUUUUUACAUCACACAUGGAUUUACUUGCGAUAUCCACUCUGAUUUGUAUUUUGGAUAAUAUUGUGCCAUUUCUGAUUAGAUUUAUUUCAUCACAUAUAUUGGCACAAAAAAGAUAUGACAUUGAGCUGCGAAAAGAAUUGAGUAAUUUGAAAGAAAAUAUGGCAGGACUCUCCAUGGUGGAUGAGUUUGCCAAAUGUGCUAAGCUCCAACGCCGAUGCAAUCAUGUGGAAAAUAUUCUGAAAGAAAACAUGAAUCAACGAUUAAAUCAGAAAAUAAAACUACAGAUGUUGCUAAUUUAUAGUUUUCGUGUACUGAACGGUGCAUUAAUAUUAUGGUUAUGGUAUAUGUAUAAAGACAAACCAGUUAUUGUUUUCUCAGAUGAUUUGUUAUGGCCAAUCCAGAAUUUCUUAAGUUGGCCAUGUCAGCAUAAGAAUGCUAUUUCUCUGUUAAUAUGGCUUAUAAUCACCCGAUUAGGAAUAUCAGCAUGUAAAAAACUUUGUGUAAUUUAAUAAAUUGUCAUGCAAAUGAUUAAUCUGUUAGCUUAUUAUGAAUUCUGUUGACAGGAAGAGAGAGAGAGAGAGAGAGUAGUUAAAAAUACUUUAUAUUACAUACUUAAAGGGAGCUCUCUAUCUUGUGAUUGAACUUGUGUGAUCUACAGAAAAAUGAAUAAACGAAUUUCGCAGCAACAAGAAAUAUUUUAGUUUUACAAGUUUAAAGAUAAAAA